AUGGCCCAUGGACAUGGACAUGAACAUGGUCAUAGUAAAAUGGAACUUCCAGAUUAUAAACAAUGGAAGAUAGAAGGGACACCAUUGGAAACUGUCCAGAAGAAGUUGGCUGCACGAGGGCUAAGGGAUCCAUGGGGCCGCAAUGAAGCUUGGAGAUACAUGGGUGGCUUUGCAAAUAAUGUUUCCUUUGUUGGAGCAUUAUUGAAAGGAUUCAAAUGGGGAUUUGCUGCGUUUGUGGUAGCUGUAGGGGCUGAAUAUUACCUGGAGUCCCAGAAAAAAGAUAAGAAACAUCACUGAAGAUAAUACCUGGAAGUAUCUUUUAAUGUCUUCUUAAUUCUCUUAUAAAAAGAUUUCUUCACUGUAGCCUACUCACCUGUGUGUUUGUUCCUU